GUCCAGCAGGUUACGUGUGUGUUGUGGUCAGUGGAAGACCCCAAGGCCUGGGUCCUGAUUCUUGCCUUAGUUGUAUUUGAGGCGAGAAGACUGAGUCGGUGGGUCUGUCGGCGUGGAACGGAGGUUGUGUCCAGCAGAAGUCCACUUUUCCGGUCCAUUCAAGGGCAUUGCUGGGGGCCCGAAGAUCAGCUCUGCACUGAGGCCUGUCAGCGAAGCAGGCGGCCUCAUGGACCCUCGAAGACGUGUAGGGCUUCACCGCAGGGGAUGCAUAAGCUGACAAGUCCCAGAUCUGAGAUCACACAGCCAUGGGGGACUGGAACCUGCUGGGAAAGCUUCUCGAAAAAGCCCAGGAGCAUUCCACUGUGGUGGGGAAGGUGUGGCUCACCGUCCUGUUCAUCUUCCGCAUCCUGAUCCUGAGCGCGGCCACAGAGAAGGUGUGGGGCGACGAGCAGUCGGGCUUCAUCUGCGACACCAAGCAGCCUGGUUGCGAGAACGUGUGCUAUGACAUCACUUUCCCAAUCUCACACGUCCGCUUUUGGGUGCUGCAGAUCAUCUUUGUGUCCACGCCUACGUUGAUCUACCUGGGGCACAUCCUCCACCUGGUGCGGAUGGAGGAAAAGCAGACAGAGAAGGACAGGCAACAUGCCUUACAUUCAGACAAGCAGGCCUUCAUAGUGGAGGGUAAGCCCAAGAAGCCCCUGGUGAGGGACGAGAGGGGCCACGUGCGCCUGCAGGGAGAGCUCCUGAGGACAUAUGUCUUUAAUGUGAUCUUUAAAACCCUGUUUGAGGUGGGCUUCAUUGUGGCUCAAUACCUCUUGUACGGCUUUAAGCUGAAGCCCAUGUACAAAUGUGACAGAUCGCCCUGCCCCAAUGUGGUAAACUGCUACAUAUCCCGGCCUACAGAGAAAACCAUCUUCAUCAUCUUCAUGCUGGGAGUGGCCAGCGUGUCUCUGCUGCUCAACCUCAUAGAGAUCUACCACCUGGGCUUCACCAAGUGUCGCCAGGGCGUCGCCUUCAGGAGGCGCUAUCAAUCGUUUAAGGGUGUCCACAAGGAACCCAGCGAGGCGGCGGUGGCGUACGCGCCGAGUUACGACGACUACUUUCACCAAGUGCAGCCGCCCUACCCCCCCGUUCCCAGCUACAACCUCUCCCCUCUGUCCGAGGGCACAGACUCGUCCUUACACCCCUACCACAGCAAGGCGGCAUACAAACAGAAUAAGGACAACUUAGCGGUGGAAAGGAGCAGCAACAACCCAGAGGAAUGUGACCUGAAAGCAAAGAAGGGAGCAGGAUCGGCCCCCGGGUCACCUACGCAGGCCAGGCCCGGCCGCAGUGCCAAACACAGCAACAACAAGACUAGAAUAGACGAUCUGCAGAUAUGAGGAGGUUUAUGUUUCUCUGGGGUGUCUUAAGUUGCUGCGAGGGGAUCGUAUGUUGUUUGAAAGCAUUCACUCAUGCUCAACUGACCCCCUUUUAAGAUGGCGGAUUGACUCAUUCCAACUGAGAAAGGAGUGACACUGUAGGGUGCACCGAGCUGUUCAGUAAUGUACAAAGACUGAUGCUGGUCACAUUUCUGAUGAACUUCUUCUGUUCCACUGAGAAGUGUCCCAUAGCUGGCUUUUGUUUGUAUCCCUCCACGGUUCACUUUUGUCCCUGAGAACCUAAAAUCAACAACAAAUAUAGUCGGCUCAGGUUUUAUGUGAAUUAAUCCAAAAAACGCACCUGUGUGUACAAAGCUGCCAAAACGUUGGGAACAGAAUCCAGGGUAGAGGUUUGUUCAUGUCUGGCCUGACCUCAUUUGAGGAAAUCAGAUAGGGUGAAUAGUAACAUUUAACUUCCUUUAACAGUUUUGAGGUCACCAGUGUAGUUCACUUGCUUAGGCUUGAAAUGAAAAGUCGUGCGAACACAUUGAACAUUGGAAAUACUCGAGCCCAAUUCCAGGACGCGCCUCAAAAGAAAUUGCACUGGUCUCAGGAGUUCCCACAUUUGGGCCGCCUCCUUUAUUGUGACAGCCAGCAAGCACAUAAUUACAAGCACAUUGUUUUGUUGAUCCUUGUUUAUAUCUCUGUUUGUGCCCUUUGUUUUUCCGUGAGGCACUUGGUGACAACCAUAUUUGUAAAACUGCUUGAAAUAAAUCUGUCUUAAAUUUGCAAAGUUAGCAGAGGAUUUAUAAUCUCAAGUCUUCCUCAGCAAAAAAAGGAGAAUCACUUCAGUGGAACACAUGUUGCAAGUGUUAUUUCAUACUCCUGGAAAAAAUACAAUCAACUCAGGAGUUGAAAGAAUAAUAUUGGUCAUAUGUAUAGUCUCUAUGAACGGUAGCUCAGAUAACUGUACUGUACAUAUAUUAACUCUGAGUCUUUUAUUUUUGAAUCUCUUAAAUGAGCAUCUACAGUACCAGGUGUAGUUUGAGUCAUCAGUAUCCACCCAGAAACAUUUGUUGAGCAGGAACAAACAUGUCAUGAGUAAAGCCUUUGCGGUCUGAAUAUCCCACACAUGCACAACAUGGUGUACUGGGAAAGA